AUGCAUUCUCGAUUAUUUCACUCGGUCUCUUUCCUCGAGCCUAUGAUUCAAAUGGAAAGUCCCAGCAAGCUAGGUGGACCAAGCUCAGCACUUUGGACCAGCCUCCGACCAGAUGUCUGGCCUUCAGCACAAGAUGCGAAGAAACACAUCCGGACAAAUGGUUUCUGGAGAAGAUGGGACCCAAAAUGCGUGGAUCAAUAUAUUCGAUUUGGACUCCGACCUGUCCCUACCGCUCUUUACCCCAACUCCAAGUUUGGUUCUGAGAUCGUGACAGUCACAACGAAAAAAGCACAAGAAGCUUGGUCGUAUCUCCGCUUGAACGCCACCUCUCGAGAUGGAAACAGCGAAUUAAACAAGGAGCAUUUUCUCAACCCGGAUCUCGCUACAGUCGCGAAAGAAGGCGAUAAUAAUCACCCGGAUUGGGCACUUGUAUGUCCAUGGUGCUGCAUUGCUUUUGAGUAUCUUCUUUAUAUCCGCCCUUCCGUGUACUAUAUCUUUGGAGAAAAGAGCCACAUCAAUCCACCUGAGCGGAGACGGGAUAAACUGGAACGCACAGGGAAGGGUCUGGGAGGGAGCGGCGGUGUUGCAGCUAACCGCGUGAGAUCAGACAUCAUUUCCAAGGGAUCGCACAUGGCUCCACUCGAGAAAAUUAAUGAUACGGCCCGCCUUCUAUCGGGCUGGUUAGAAUCUCAGAUGAAGGCUUAUCAAGCAGAGCAGGAUUUCUGGGCUCAUCACGAGAGCGAUAAGACGGAACAAGGUGGUUUGGCUUUAUCGAAGAAAUGGAUGGCGUGUGUACAGAGCAGCCUGUGGAGACUAAACGGCCCGUCAAGUCGAGGUUAUGAUUGUGUCAGGUGA